GGGGGGAUAGACCCGAGCAAAUGCUCAACUUUCAGCGCCUGCAAAAGUUUCAAACCAUUUGAUCGGAGAUAGUUUGUCGAGAUAGCAAUCGUGAUCUUCGCAAGCCACCUGAGUGAGCAAAGAGCUCCAUAUUCAGGGAUAUAAAAAGCCCCAGAUGCAGAGAUAAAUGGAGACGAUUUCAAUUAGUAUAUACGGCUCAGCGUGAUGUUCUUGCCGCCACUGACGCGAUGAACUGAGAGUGGUUGCCAUCUCCAAGAGUCGAGCCUGCCAUGUGAUCACCGCCCCAGCCCUCCAAGGCUGCCCUAUUUCUAUUCCCCAUCCCAGUUGCCAACUCAUCUCAUCGAUGCCAUCAGACAUUACAUAUUGUUAUCAUCGGAGCCCCUCCUUUUACUCUCUUAUCUCCACACUGACUUCGUGUCGGUGCUGAUAUCGCCAUGCGUUCCUCAACAGCUCUCCCUCUACUCCUCCCCCUCGCCGUCUUCUCCGCAGCCCAUCCGUCUCUCCGCAACACCAACAACAAUGACAACCCAUCCACCCCUCCCCCGUUGGUAAUAUGGCAUGGCCUGGGCGAUGAAUCCGACAGCGAUGGAAUGCAAUACGUGACCGACCUAGUCCAAAAGGUCAACCCGGGCACCUACGUCCACCGAAUCCGUCUAGGCGACACCGCAGCCGACGAUCGCAAGGAGUCCUUCAUGGGCAACGUCACAGAACAAGUCGCGACAGUCUGCGAGCAACUCGCCUCAGACCCCAACAUCAGCAAUGCACCCUCCAUCAACGCAAUGGGUUUCUCCCAGGGCGGCCAAUUCCUUCGAGCCUACGUCCAACGCUGCAACUCGCCCCCUGUCCGGAACCUAGUCACUUUCGGCAGUCAGCACAAUGGCAUCUCGCAAUUCCAGACGUGCGGGCCGGGAGACUGGCUCUGUAAAGCGGCCAAUGCGCUCUUAUACUCCGGUCGCUGGACAAAAGUCGUCCAGUCGCAGCUCGUCCCCGCGCAGUACUUCCGCGACGCAGCCGAUCUAGACGAUUACCUCGCUUACAGCAACUUCCUGGCCGAUAUCAACAAUGAACGGGAGGAGAAGAACCCUACAUAUCGCGAUAACCUUGCUUCCCUGAAUCGCUUUGUCAUGUUCAUGUUCGACGAUGAUCACAUCGCUCACCCGAAGGAGAGUUCGUGGUUUGCCGACUACAACUCCUCCAGUGAAGAGCUGACACCGCUGCGUGAGAGAGAUCUGUAUAAAGAGGAUUGGUUGGGGUUGAAGAUUUUGGAUGAGCAGGAUAAGUUGCACUUUAAAACUACCCCUGGUGCUCAUAUGCAUUUGACGGAGGAGGUUCUGAACGAAACAUUCAAAGAAUACUUCGGACCCGUCGAGGACACCGAGGCCGAUGCUACAAAUCAUGUCCUCAUUAAACAGGGUGGCCACUGAAGGAAGCUGAAAUUCUUUUCUUUAGUGAUUUAUUUUCACCCAGACUAUUUUAAUCUCAUCCGGGCUUCCUUACUGCUGUAAAUUAAGACAAAGACAAGGACCAUGUUAUAGCAUCUUUACUCAAUUCGUAGAACUGGUAACUAAAGUAACACUGUAAAGUUCAUGUAAUUAUCAACUUGCCUAAAUACAAGAUAAGCCAUAUAAAUCUUCACCCUCCUGCGUUGGAGUACUGUACAACGAACAUAAAUUGACAGUAUUCUAAGUUAUCCAGACCAUUAGAAACCGCAUAGCCCGAACAUCUGUCCUGAAAAGCAAAGGCAAAAAAAAAAAAAAAAA